AUGCAACUGUUAGAUGAUGAUGACUUGGGCACUAUGAUAGAAAUAUGGUGGUCCACUGGGAGUGUGAACCCCCAACCAGUUGAAUUAUUUGCUGAGUUAGCAGACUUAGAGCCUGUUGAGAAUGUUAGCCCAAUAAGUCAACAUCGCGAAUUUGAUUUUGAUCUUAAUGUUGGAUGGACAGGCCAAUUAGAAUGCGGUAGAACGUCACAGAUACCUAAAAUUCCUAAUUAUGGUGGGAGUUCGUACAACAACCCAACCCUCGGUCCCUGUCUACAAAUACAUCAGGAGGUGAUAAUAAGCACUGAGACAAAUGUCAGAGAAAUGACCAAUAAUGGUGAAGAUUCUGAUCAAGACGUUGAAGAUUUUAGUGACCCCGAUGUUGAUGAGGUUUCGGAAUAUAUCGAUGAUGAAGGCCCGGAGGAGGUUGAAGAUGUUCACGGCCCUUCAUUCUGUAACCCGAGUCAUGGUAUUAUUUUACGAAAUGAACUUGGGGGCAACAUGUUGAACGUAGAUCUAGAUGCAGCGCAUGCAUCCGAGUUCCCUGAGUACGUUGAUAUAGUACCUGCUCAUAGAUUGACGUCAAAUUCACAGUUCGACCAGUUGUUCGUUGGGCAACAGUUCGAGAACAAGGCGGAUUGUGUGUUUGCCAUCAAACAAUACAGCAUGAAGUUGUCGAUUGAUUACAAGAGAGCCGACGAUGGGUGUGGUUGGCGAGUUCGUGCUGCAUUUAUACAGAGGAUUCAACAGUGGCAAAUACGAAAAUUAGAAGGGAGUCAUACAUGUACUGUCGCACGCAUGUCUCAAGACCACCGAAAAUUGGAUGCCAAAAGUAUUUGCAACUGCAUCAUGCCACUGGUGAAAGAUAGCCCGAUCAUUCCUGUGUCGACAUUGAUUGCAGACAUGCAAGCUCGAUUUCAAUAUAGAGUGUUAUACAGGAAAGCGUGGUGGGCGAAACAAAUGGCCAUGCAACAAUUGUACGGCGACUGGGAUGAGUCAUACAAUGAACUUCAGAGUUGGAUUUCAGCAAUGGUAGAGUAUGUCCCAGGAACUAUCGUGGACUUGCAAACGUUGCCUUAUAGAGGCCCUAAUGGAAAAUUGGAACUGGGAAAAAGAGUGUUUCGUCGACUGUUCUGGACUUUCGAUCCAUGUGUUAGGGCCUUCUCCCACUGCAAACCGGUAGUGCAAGUUGAUGAAACAUGGCUUUAUGGAAAAUACACGCAGAUACUUCUGAUUGCGGUUGCACAAGACGGUAAUGGAAAUGUACUACCAAUCGCUUCUGCCAUCGUAGAGUCGAAGAACUUUGAAUCAUGGGCAUAUUUCAUUCGAAACUUACGGAGACAUGUUGUCAGGCAAGACAACAUUUACAUUAUAUCUGAUAGAUCGAAGGGUCUUGUUGCUGCAAUUCGGCAAUCGGAGGUUCUGUGGAGGUCUGUCUAUUGUAUUCGUCACAUCACUAUGAACUUCCACAAUGAGUAUAAGAACAAAGACUGGCGCAAACGAAUUGUCAACAUGGGGUACGAGCUGGAACCACACCGAUUUAGACAUAAGUUGGCGAGGUUAGAGACUGAUAUGGCGGGCUGCAAACCAUCUCUUACACAGUGGUUGAGUAGCAUGGAGCCGUGGCAAUGGGCUCAAUGUUUUGACGAGGGGUACCGUUAUGGCCAUAUGACAACUAACCUUGUUGAGGCCGUUAACUCCGUCUUAAGGCAUACGCGUCACUUGCCAAUUUCAGCUGUUUUUUCAGCCACAUUUUACAGGUUAGCAACCUUAAUGCCAAAAAUGGGGUUGAAACAAGUAAAACAGUUAGAGGCAGGACACGUGUACGUCGAAAAAAUUAGAGAUGCCAUGAAAGAUAACACUCAAAGGGCUAGGUUGAUGAAUGUAGAACUAUAUUCUCGAAAUUUGGAAACUUUUCGAGUGACAGAGUAUAUCAGUCGUCCGUCAGGGAUCCCGCCACGGUCCUAUGGAGUUGAUCUACGAAAUAGGGGGUGUGAGUGCGGGAUGUUCCAAGCACUACGGUACCCGUGUGCACAUGUGGUUGUAGCUUGUGCUACCUAUAGUUUGAAUGUCGAACAAUAUAUCAAUAAUGUAUACACACUUGAACGUACGUUGCGUAUUUGGGUUAACGAGUUCCCUGUAUUAAGGGAUAUAUCGACAUGGGAAGUGCAAUCGCUAGCACUCGAGAUGUUGCCUGCUCGGUCACUACGUAGGAGAGUCAAAGGUAGACUGACAAUAACGAGGAUUCAAAAUGACAUGGAUGUAAGAGAACAAGUCGAUCCAAAGCGUUGCACCAUAUGUAGAACAGUUGGCCACAUCGGAGCAAAUGUCCCCAUAGAAACGUCUACACUGGCCAAUAUUCAGGGUCUAAAAGAAAUUAAAUGUUGUAACUGA